GGGAAAUAUUGAAACGGGCGGAGCGGGUGUAGCUCUGAGGCUCUGAUGUUCUAACGUUAGAUGUAAACAACCUGACAGGACUCUAAGCGAAAUGUCGAAACGAAAGCAGUUUCUGGAGUCUGUCCAUCAUGAGCACGUCCAGGAUUUUCUGAACUUCAUCAGAUUGCAUAAGGAUGGAGUGGAUCCGUUUGACCUGGCUGAGGUUUUGCCGGAGCUGCAGAGGAGUCAGAGGCAGGAGUUGUGGGAGAGACAGCUGAAGUUGCUGCAGCACAGCCUCACUGCUCACCCUCCAGAGCGCUGGAUCACUGGAGCCGAGGAGGGCGCAGGCGACAUGGAGGUAGAGAUUUCUGAGGAACAGAUACAGACAAUGGCAGUAAUAGAGGGCGUUACAAUUGUUUCUACAGUCUCUGUAGACAUUUUGCAGGAAAAUGACAUUUAUACUUCUCUUCUCGAAUGUGCCCAGAUGCUAAACCGUAUAGAGUGCGCUUUGCCACUGUCACACACACCCCUCCAGCAGGCUAUUCAUUGGCUGUUUGAAUGCUGGUGGAGACGGGAUCUAAAAGGGAAGGAGGAGCUUGGAUGGACUGUUUUCCUUGUCUGUUUGGAGAACACUGUUACACUUGAGAAACCGGUCAGUGAGCUCAGAAGGCUCUGUACUCUACGAGAGGUGCUUCUCAGUGUAGACUUUGCAUCUGAGAGAGGGCAGCAGGUCAUUGAUCCUCUCCUCCAGUGUUUCUUCAGGGUCUCUCAUAUUAAACAAGAAGAGGGGAAACGGUUCCUUGCCUUCCUUUUUUCUUGGAACGACAACUUCAUUCGCAUGAUUCAUGAAACUAUUAAGAAUCAGCUGCAGUUUUUCCCAAAGAUGUUGUCUGUUCAUGUGGCUGAAAUUUACUUCAGAGCGUGGAGAAAGGCAUCAGGUUCUUUUCUGGAGGAGAUUGAGUCCACCUGCAUUCAGGACCUAAUGCAGCACGCUCUGUUGCUGCACAGAAACUCACCUGUACACAGUAAAGUCAGACAGAUCCUUAAUUAUUUCCACAAGCAGAAGUUUCGUGAGGGUGUCGAUGUGAUGCUGCACAGACUCUACAAGCCAAUUCUGUGGAAAGCAUUAAAGGCCACCAAUGCUGAGGUUCGUGCCAAUGCUACACUGCUCUUCACUGAGGCUUUUCCCAUCCAUGACCCCAGCAUGAGCAGUGAGAUGGUGGACCAGGCUGUUCAGAAACAACUCGAUUUACUGUUUGCUCUCCUUGAUGACCCACAGCCCCUCGUGCGCUCUUCGGCAGUGCUGGGUGUAUGUUCUGUCCUGGCUCGUUGCUGGGAGGUAAUCCCAUCCACAAUUAUCACUGACCUCCUGGAGAAGCUCAUCCUGCAGCUGGCUAAUGACACAACCUCUCCAGAUGUCCGCUGCUCCGUCUUCAUGUGCAUGUCUAUAAUUCUGGAUAACAGUUUAAGUCAUCCACUCAUGGAAAAACUGUUACCUGCUCUGAAGAGUAGCCUCCAUGACAGCUCUGAAAAGGUGCGUGUUGCCUUUGUGAGCAUGCUCCUCAAGAUCAAGGCUGUACGGGCAGCCAAGGUAAGAAAA